AUGAGGCCUGCAUGCAGCGGUCAGCCAUUGGGCGUAGUAGAUAAAUUCGACGACCGUUCUCAAGAGAAUUCCAACAUCGUCCAAUCCUUCAACAUUCAACGUACACCCAUAUUCCCUCCAGCGGCAACUCAAUAUGUGUCACAAUAUCAUCGAUGGACGCUACCACACCGAAUGCGGACACUUCGUGUCUAUGUCUACUCGCUUACAAGACUGCUUGGCGACCAAUUGCUUGUUCAGUCGGCGACACAUACACCCAGUUGGCUGCAAAUCAACCAGCUGUAUCCGACUGAUGGCACUCCCUGUCCGAAAUCCAAUCAGAAUCAGCCCGACCACCUGCGGGGACUGCUUAUCGAGGCAAAGGAUGGGCGCCGGUGUUGUUCAGCCAUGAGGCCGGCCUCUCCAACUCCAAGUACAAGGCAUUACGUGCGGGCGGCAGGCCAACCAAUGAUCCCUGUAUAUUAUUCGCUAUGA